AUUAAACAUGACCCGAGGGGAAUCACCAUGCACCGCUGACUUCUCGGCACACUGGUCCGGAGUAUCUGAGCUGUAACAGGGGGGACAGGGACCAUGAGUUCAUUUGGGAAUGGAUUCAAAAGCUGAAAAGAAACCAAGUGGGUUAUUUCCUUCUUUGUUGGACUACAAAGAAAACCAGGCAUUGCGCAUUCAAUAACGAUUUUUUUGACCUCUUUAUGUAAAUGAGGAUUUUGCCUGUUCAUUGUUUUCUUUGUCACAUUUUGUCAUUUGGAACUUGGAUUCUUUUGUGAAGCUUAUAUAUGAUCUGAAGCUGCCUUUAAGGGAUGUAAAUCAACAGCUUUGGUGGGGACCAACCAGUGGGGACCAGCUCCAGCAUUUUAACAUCCACUUUGGACCAGCAGGAGCAAAGAGUUCCACUUCCCCAAAUCCCAAACAUCCUCCUGUCUGGAUGACUAAGGGAAGAAUUUCCAGACACAUAGCAUGGCUCACUCCUCUCACCCCUCUGGCUGGAGGGAGAUGACAAAUGGAGGGGGGCACCCCCACUUCCACAGCGGAGGCCAGGCAGGGGGUUCCCACAGCACCCCGCGCUACAUGCUGAAGAAGCAGAACCGACACAGACACAGGUCGUCCUCUCCGAUGGGCAGGGUCAUCCUCAUCAAUGCACCCGUAGAUGGAGGGGAUGACUGUGAAGACCUUCACACAGUGACUAUAGAUAAGAGUCCAGAUGGGCGUCUGGGUUUCAGUGUCCGAGGGGGUUCUGAACAUGGACUUGGCAUAUUUGUCAGCAAGGUGGAGGACGACAGCUCUGCAGCGCAGGCUGGGCUGACAGUGGGCGAUAAGCUGGUGGAGGUGAACGGGGUCAGCCUGGAGAGCAUCACCAUGAGCAGCGCUGUGAAGGUCCUGACAGGAAACAACAGGCUGAGGAUGGUGGUGAGACGGGUGGGAAAGAUCCCCGGCAUCCGCUACUCCAAGGAGAAGACCACAUGGGUGGAUCUGAUUCACCGGCGGAUGGUGGUCGAGGAGAGCGGUCGCACGCCGUCAGAAGCCAGUUCAGACAGCGCUCUCCGCAGGAUCGUACAUCUCUUCACCACAUCAGACGAUUACUGCCUGGGCUUCAACAUCAGAGGAGGCAAAGAGUUCGGACUGGGAAUUUAUGUUUCCAAGUUGGACCCCGGUGGGCUUGCAGAGCUGCAUGGCAUCAAGAUGGGCGAUCAAAUCCUCGCAGCCAAUGGAGUCAGCUUUGAUGACAUCACUCAUAGCAAUGCAGUGGAGGUGCUGAAGAGCCACACACACAUCAUGUUGACCAUCAGGGAAGCUGGGAGAUACCCUGCGUUCAAGGAGAUGGUGGCAGAAUACGGCUGGCUUGACAAACUUGCUAAUGGAGGCCCUGCACCAUCCUCCCAGGGUUCAGACUCCAACUCCUCGGCCUCCUCCUUGUCCUCCAGCACCCCCCUCAGCUCCCUCAGUGGUCUCUCCCAGGUUCUUUUCCCUCCCAUCUUCGGCUCUGAGAUGGUAGAUGUCGCCAUCUCCACAGAGGACCGCUCCCGAUGUGCAAGCCGUGCAGAGAGGACUACUGACACAGCCAUACAGACUGACCCCCAACCUCUAAACUACCCGGACCUACCCCCAUCUAAUGGGUCGUACCAUGACAGGCUGGUUGCCUCAGAAACGAGCCGGACUGUAGGUGCCACUGUGCUACUGAAGGACACAGUCAUACGUGGGAAAGGGGAGGGGCCAAGGGAGAUGGGUGGGGCCGGGGAAGGAGGGCGGGGACGGAGGAGGACGCUGUCGUCAGGGGAACAGGAAGUAGAGAAAGAUUCACCUAAAACGGCAGCCCUGAUGGCCCUGAGCAAACCACGGAAGCCAAUCAGACGAUCCCAGAGCCACAUCACUGCGUCAGAGGACAGGCAGAAGAAGAAGAGGCAACAGAAGGAAAAGCGCUCUGCAGAGGGUAAAUCCAGCCUGCAGCGAUCGAAAACCUUUGUCAACCUGUUCUUUAAGAAAGACCGUAAAGAGAAGAGUCGCUCCAAGUCACCGUCUCACCACGCAGACAAAGAUAAGGAGCGGGGGGGUCGCCCCUUCCAGCUCUUGACCUCCCCGAGAGAAUCCCGAGCUGGGCUUAAAGACAGCAGCCUGCUGCCUCGGCUGGAGACCCUGCAGCACGUGGAGGACAUGGCAAAGAAGCUGUUGAUCCAGGAUGAGGUGACUGCCGUGAUGAGACACUGUCAGCGGUUUUUAUCGGAGAAUGUGAUUGAAGAUUUAGUACGCCCCCUCUUGGCAAUUUUGGACCGGCCAGAGAAACUGCUGCUUCUCAGAGAAAUAAGGAUGCUGAUACCCACUGCUGAGUUGAGUCGUUUUGACAGCAUGGUCAUGCCCUUUGAGCUGGAGGCGUACAAUGUUCUGAAGAGUCGCUCUGUGCGUUCUCCAGCUCUGCGCUCCCCUCGUGGUGGAACCCCUCGACGUCACCUCAUCACCCCAAUCCCAGAUUUCAGGGGCGGCUUCCACCUGCAGCCAGUCCAGGACACUUCGCGAGAGGGUCAGCUGAUUGAAGAGUUGGAGAGAUUGCGUUUGUCCAGCCAACAGUCUGGCCAUCUCCCUCCCUCCCGCGCCUUCGCCCCUCUGCUGGACGUACCUGUGGACAACUACACCUCCUCAAAUGUGCGCUUCCGCUCCCGGAGCCCCUCACCCAUCUACAGCUCCCUCCUCACAGAAUCCCCACACAGCACCCAACAUGGGCGCCAACCCCAUCGCUCCCCAAACAGAAGGGAGAACGGGGAGUCGCUGUACGACGAGGUCUCACUGCUGUCAGUGUUUGAUCGAGGAGAUGCGAUUCCUGAACGAGGGAGGUCACCUGUGAGAAACGACCGCGGGAGAGUGAGGAGGGAGGCGAGUCCUGACAGCAUAGACAAGAGACGGAGCAGGCAGGAGGGCUACACAGAGGUCAGCGUACACGUUCCUUCACAGCAGAGAGGGAGAACCCCGCUCGCCGAUGUGUUUGAGCCGCAGAGACAGAGGAGUCCGUCAAGGGGCAAAGGGAGCAGUCAGCUGGUUAAUGGACAUUCACACAACGGUCACAGUCUGACGCCUGAGGAGUAUGACAUCCACUCUUUGACUAUCUCCAAGGCCAAGCCAUCUCUGGGUAUUAGUAUCUCUGGAGGAAUGGAGUCUAGAGUCCAGCCCAUGAUAAAGAUUCAAAAAAUCUUCCCAGGAGGAGCAGCGUCUACAAAUGAGGCUCUGAAGGCAGGGUAUGAACUUCUGUCUGUGGACGGCGAGAGUCUGCAGGGAGUGACUCAUCAGCACGCAGUGGAUGUUAUUCGCCGAGCGUUCGGCAACAAGGCCAAAGACCCGAUGGUUUUUGUGGUCAAGGUUCCCAAGGUCCCUACCGCCCACACCGGCCCCGUGAGACCUGCAGACUAACCUUUGAGUGCCUCACAGCGAGGCAGGAGCUCAGGCGUGAAGGACACAAAACAUGCAACCCCUGUGGGAGUGAAUCACCAAAGAAUUCACCACAGAGGAGGAAACAUGGGACAGGUAGAUCUCUUUCAUAAUGCGGAGGAAAUGAUGGACAGAAGCAUUCGUUUAAGAAGGAGGAAACAUGUCAAAGAGAAAAGUUAACAUGUCAAAGUAGGUUCAAAGAAGCUAUCGAAUGGAGAUGGUUAGAAAUAGAUUUUGCUACAAUAAAAUGUGAGAUAUACAUUUUUCAACUGUACCACUUUUAUAAUAUUCAUAGUCAACAUUAUAUUAAAAAACAUUAAUUGUACAUUAACGGGAUAAAAAGUGAAAUAUAUGGGGUUUUUUUUAUAUCGUGUGGACCAUGAAUUUCUCCUAGGUUGAAGUUGUGCCACUGCAUGAUGCGUCAAGUGAUCUCUUAGCACUUUCUGAUUGUAGAGCCAGUGGUUUGCACUUCUCAGUUGGAUCAUCUCAGUCCAGCAGGCCUUCCAGUGGGAGAUUACCCGAUCCCGCUUUAUCAGAUUUAUAGAUUUAGACCCAGAUUAAUCCCCUGUAUUAUGUCAAAACUGAUAGUUUGGGUUUAGGGGAUGUCAUGGGGAGAGAUUAUUCCACAUUUCUGGUGGGUACUUUUUGCUGUAUUAUUCUGGCAGGAGUGCCUGUGCUCUGAACCAAUCCGCCACUUUAGAGGCUUAAUUACACCAUGCUGAGGGCUGAGCUUAUGCAGACAUGGGGAGGAAAAACAUGUCAACGAGAAAUGCAAGACAUGAAGACAACAGAUUAAAUCAAAGAAGGGUAUAGGAGAAUUUGGCAGGAAGGUUACUGGAAUAUACUGUGCAUAUAGUGCCUUACUUCUGCAGACAGCCAGAGGGGAAAACACUGAUUA